AUGAAGAAGCCACGGUCAUGGAGCAUACAAGCCGAAUUUUGGCGUGGUAGGACGCCCUCGUGUUUAGAUGUCGUGAUGGUUACUAGAUUGACACCCUUCCUGUCUCUCAUGGCCUCAUUUCUCUGCCUCAUAGGCGGGAUUGCAGUCGGCCAACAUUUUGGGGUUGUGGAUUUUGGGGGAGUUUUAGCAAAUACUGGCUGCCCGUCUUUUUGGUACCGCCCCGGAUCGAAAGGGGGAAUAGUCGGUUUUAAGAAACCGCCACAGCUCUGA